AUGGCCGGUACAUUAGGCCAUUCAGCCAAAGCCGCCGCUUCGUUGAGGCACAUCUUGACUCUGGCUCUCUUGGCGAAGAACGCUUCCAGCACCGUGGUAUGCGGCUACGAGGGAGGAUGGGCGCUUCGCUCGGACAGUGGCAGCUGCCCAUCGGAGGCGCCUGUGCAUUGCAGUGAUGGAAUACAACCUCGGUGUUGUCCCAGCGGCUUGAAAUGCAACGGCACGGGCGACUUCACCGACAACUACUGCUGCGAGGAGAGCCAUGACUGCAGUCAGCAGGCGUCAGACAGUCCCAAGGUCCGAGAUUUCCAAUCACCCAAGACUGCAAAAUGCACAUCUAACCUGAGAUGUUCCCAGUGUCCUGACUCAGACUGGAUCUUAUGGGGAGGCGACGGCACCCUCCGGUACGGCGGCUGGUGCUGCCUGCCUGGCUACGUGGGCUACUACAGCGGCAGGAUGCAGGCGGUGGCUUGCACGACGACAACCGUGAAGAGCCUACCCACGAGCCUCACGUUCGCCUCUACUGUGCAGACGACGCCGUGCUCCACCAUAGGUGGCACCACUUCCGCUGGACCGACAAGCUCUGCCCCUGUGUCCAUACCAACGGCGCCAUCUCAGUCCAGUACUUCAGACAGCGAGCCGAUGCGACCGGGCGAGAUCGCCGGGAUCACAGUCGGGUCUGUCGCGGGAGCCGGACUAGUGGCCCUAGCUAUAAUAGCAUUAAUCUGGAGGAGGAGAAGGGCAAAGAGGAGAGCAGAGCCGAAUAUGCCUCCUGCGACCGACCAAUCAGUAUUACCAGGUACGGAGCAAGUGAUGCCCACUUACUACAACGAGAUGAGCACGGCGAAGAACGAGCCCAACGAGUUGGCCGGCUCCCCGCGACAUGAGAUUGGGGGUGGACAGCAUGGGAGGCAGGUCUACGAACUUUCUCAUUGA